AUCAUAUAAUAAACUAAUUCGUAAGAUUGUAAUCGAGAAUAAAAUACUGUUUAUUUUUGGGUAUUGUAUAAAAGCUUAGUUUUAUUAAAUUAUUUUUAAAAUGUUUCUGCGAUUACCAUGGAGAACUCAACAUUAACUUUACAAGAUAUCUUAGGAAUUAAAUUUACAUGGUACGACUAUUCAUUUUUCUUAUUGAUGCUACUUGCAAGUGCGAUAAUAGGUGUUUAUUAUGGAUUUUAUAAAAAACAACAAACCGCUGAGGAUUAUUUAUUCGGUGGAAAAUCUUUGGGUAUUAUUCCAAUGGCUUUAUCAUUAACAGCAAAUAAUAUUUCGGGAAUAGCUUUAUUAGCUGUUCCAUCAGACGUUUACAAGCAUGGAAUAUCAUUUUGGUUUACUUACGUAAGUUUAAUCUUCGUAAUAUUCGCUUCCUAUAAAAUUUUCGUGCCCGUAUUUGCUAAAUUAAAAACAACGAGCACAUUUGAAUAUUUAAAACUAAGAUAUGAUACAAAAACUCGAUUAUUGGGUUCAAUCCUUUAUCUUGGACACAUCAUUUUAGUUUUACCCAUCGUUAUUUAUAUUCCAGCUUUAGCUUUAGUUCAAGCGACCGGCAUCAAUUUACAUUUAAUCAACAUAUUAUUAUGUGCAGUUUGCAUUUUUUACACAAGUAUUGGUGGAUUAAAAGCUGUUGUGUAUUCAGAUGCGCUUCAAUCGAUUGUUAUGAUAGGCGCUUUAGCUAUUGCUUUUACUUUGGGUGUUAUUAGAUGUGGUGGAAUUGAAAAUAUAUGGAAUACCUCGUAUGAAAACGAACGAUUAACGUUGGUGUUUGAUUUAGAUUUUACUAAAAGAAAUGGAUUUUGGGCAGUUUUAAUCGGCCAAUUUAUCGCUUGGAUGAGUUUUAUGGGUAUUAAUCAAACGUAUAUUCAGAAGUGUUUAGCUUUACCGUCACAAAAAGAUAUUACAAAAGUUUUGAUUAUGUUCGCAAUAGGAUUAUUUAUAAUUGGUUCAUUAUGUAAUUUUACUGGAUUGAUUAUGUUUACCGAAUAUUCAACUUGUGAUCCAUUAGAAGCGGGAAUUUUACAAAAACAAGAUCAAUUACUUCCAUAUUACAUCAUGGACAUUGCAAAACAACUUCCCGGAUUAGCUGGAUUUUUCAUUGCAGGAGUUUUUAGUGCGGCUUUAAGUACAAUGUCUGGAAUGCUUAACAGUUUAUCUUGUACAAUUUUUGAAGAUUUUAUUUCUCAUCGAUUACCAAAAAACACUUCGCAACGAAAAAUUAGCACAAUUCUAAAACUAAUUGUUGUUAUAAUUGGAGUUAUCAGCACGAUUAAUGUUUUCAUUGUUGAAAAGCUCGGGGGGAUGUUAGCUUUGGCGAAUAGCCUGUCUGGAAUUACAGCCGGUCCGAUUUUAGCACUUUUCGCUGGUGGGAUGCUUAUACCAAAAAUAAAUUCGAAAGGUGCUUUUUGUGGUACUUUAAUAUCUGUAUGUUCAAUGGCAAUUGUUGUUCUUGGUUCUCAAUGGUACCAAAUUAAUGGUUAUAUAACAACACCACCUCUUCCGGUUUCAAUUGAGGGAUGUCCUUUGAAUGGAACAUUUACAACAAAAACAAAUAUAAAUAUAACGUUAUCUGCUCCUUCAAGCCAAGUACCAUAUAUUUUUAAAGUACCAUUUUAUUGGUACAGUAGUAUGGGAUUGAUUAUAAGCUUAGUAUUUGGUAUCAUAAUAAGUCAAUUUGUUAAAGAUAAAAAAUCGAAAAUACUUUAUAAGGAUUUAUUUAGUCCUGUUAUUCAUCGAUUUUUAACAACAAAAGAUGAAGAGAGUUCUAAGGACGUUACUGAAACGUUGAUGGUAAACAAGUUUAACGAAGAAAGUAAUACAGAAAUGUUUGUUAAUGAGAAUAAAUAAAUAAAGUUAAAAACACAAUAAAACUA